AUGGAGGGUUACAUGGAUUACAUCAUUGAUCCAAUCAUUGAGACUGCAUUGGGUGUGACUGACAGUGUUUUCCGCAUGGAGCUCCGGCCAUUGGUUUCUAAGAUACCACAAGAGGCCAGGGAUGUCACCGUGAACAACAAGAAAUCCCCUUUCCGCGACUACCUAAAGAGAUACUUGAUGAAUCAAGCCGGUCCUGAGAGUAUACAAGAUGUCGACAUUCUAACCAUGACACGCAUUCAGUUGGCCUUUGAAAAAGGUCCCUCAAUUGGGUCAAGUUGCCAAGUAUCCCAAGGCGACAGCCAUUGGUGCGCUCCGUUUCUUCUACCAGUGGGCCUUUUCGCUAUGUGUCCCAAGCUGAAGAAAUCCCAAGAUAAGUAUUCCUGA